UUUACCUCAACGUGGCCCAGUAAGGUGUCGCCAUGCCUCCCGACUUUCUUGAUAAAGCGCCAUUUUUCACGUACUCGUCGUCUCCCUUGUCAGUUUCACAGCUCGCCAGUUGCUUCUUAACUCCGCUCACGAUCCCGCGCUCCGAUCUCCAUCUUCGCCAAUUCGAGGUAUAUGCUUUGAGUGUAUCCUGACCGUCGGUGUGAAUUCAGAUUCGGAAUAUGAGCAAUUCGCUGGGGCAUAACUUGUUUCACCACAGCUUGCUUGCUCCGGCGGUUUUAGAGCAUCAAAGCAUCAUCAAUUCCUCUUGUAUUCCCGGCAACGCUUUGUUUCAAGCUCAAGCAACUUCUCAGGCACGAAAGUCGGCUUUAACUACCAAAUUCCGUGGCGGCACUCUCAACUUGCGGAAAACGAAGUUGCCGAUGGGAACGCAUCGAGUGGUUUCUGCGUUUCCUCAGGCUGUCUUGGCCGCCAAUACCACUUCAGAGCUUGCAGCAAAAUUCAACCUUGAAGGAAAUACUGAAUUGCAGAUUGAUGUUAGUGCCCCUACAGCAGGUUCUACAUCACUAGUACACAUCCAGGUUACAAACAGUAAUGGUACCUUAAUCCUUCAUUGGGGUGGGGUACGUGAUAGAAAAGAGAAGUGGAUGCUUCCUGCUCGUCGUCCUGGGGGAACUAGAGUACAUAAGGACAGAGCCCUUAGAACUCCUUUUGUGAAAUCUGGCACCAAGUACUCCCUGAAAAUAGAGAUUGAUGAUCCUACAAUACAAGCUAUAGAGUUUCUUAUAUAUGAUGAAGAACAGAAUAAGUGGUUCAAAAACAAUGGCGAGAACUUUUAUAUUGGGUUGCCAGUGAUUGAUAAGUUGACUCCAAAUAUUUCAGUUCCUGAAGAUCUUGUACAGACUCAAGCAUAUUUAAGGUGGGAAAGGAAAGGCAAACAGAUGUAUACUCCUCAACAAGAAACGGAGGAAUAUGAAGCAGCUCGACGGGAGCUAUUGGCAGAAAUAGCAAGGGGCACUUCCAUACAAGACCUUAGGGCCAGGUUAACGAACAAAAACAAUACAACAGAGAGCAAAAAGCAGCUUCCUUCUGAAAUGAGUGAAAUACCUGAUGAUCUUGUUCAAGUACAAGCUUAUAUUAGAUGGGAGAAAGCGGGAAAACCUAAUUAUUCUCCAGAUCAACAACUUAUUGAAUUUGAGGAAGCAAGAAAAGAGUUGCAAACUGAACUGGAGAAUGGUACUUCAAUCAAUGAAAUACGGAAGAAGAUAACGAAAGGAGAGAUAAAAACCAAGGUUGCAAAGCAACUAGAAAGAAAGAAAUAUUUUUCUGUUGAAAGAAUUCGGCGCAAGCAAAGGGAUUUCAUCCAGCUUCUAAAUAAGUAUGCAGUUGGAUCUGUGGCAGAAAAGACGUCAGUCGAACCACUAGCGUUGUCUAAGGUUGAACAAUUUGUGAAGGAAAAAGAAGAACAAAGUGGUAGUUCUGUUGUGAAAAAGAAAAUAUUUAGGCUUGCUGAUAAGGAACUUAUGGUACUUGUUAUGAAGGCUGCUCACAAGAUAAAAAUCCAUUUGGCUACUGAUCUCAUGGAGCCAGUUAUCCUUCACUGGGCCUUAUCAAAAAGACCUGGAGAAUGGCUGCAACCACCUCCAAGUCUGUUGCCUCCUGGUUCAAAAUCCCUGGACAAAGCUGUUGAAACACAAUUUGCAAGCAGUUCAGACAAUCCAUCCUACACGGUCCAAUGCUUGGAGAUAGAAAUUGAAGAUGACAGUUUUGUGGGGAUGCCAUUUGUCCUUUUGUCUGGUGGAAAGUGGCUAAAGAAGAAUGGUUCUGACUUUUAUGUUGAUUUUGGCAUUGAACCACAGCAGGCUCCAAAGGAUGCUGGUGAUGGCCGGGGCACUGCAAAGGCUUUGCUGGAUAAAAUAGCUGGCUUGGAAAGUGAGGCACAGAAGUCCUUUAUGCACCGAUUUAAUAUUGCAUCAGACUUGGUAAAUGAAGCCAGAGAUGCUGGUGAACUGGGCUUUGCAGCAAUUCUUGUGUGGAUGAGGUUUAUGGCCACAAGGCAGCUCAUAUGGAAUAAAAACUACAAUGUAAAACCACGUGAAAUAAGUAAAGCUCAGGAUAGGCUCACAGACUUGCUUCAGAAUAUUUAUAGAACUCAUCCCCAACAUCGGGAACUUUUGAGAAUGAUUCUAUCUACUGUGGGUCGUGGAGGUGAAGGGGAUGUGGGGCAGCGGAUCCGGGACGAAAUCCUUGUUAUCCAGAGAAAUAAUGAUUGCAAAGGUGGGAUGAUGGAGGAAUGGCAUCAGAAGCUACAUAAUAAUACUAGCCCUGAUGAUGUUGUGAUCUGUCAGGCAUUGAUUGAUUAUAUUGAAAAUGACUUUGACAUCAGUGCUUACUGGAAAACAUUGAAUGAGAAUGGAAUAACUAAAGAACGGCUCUUAAGCUAUGAUCGUGGCAUCCAUUCUGAGCCAAAUCUCAGGAGAGAUCAGAAAGAUGGUCUUUUACGUGAUCUAGGAAACUACAUGAGAACAUUGAAGGCUGUUCAUUCCGGUGCUGAUUUGGAGUCUGCUAUAUCUAAUUGCAUGGGCUACAGAUCGGAGGGACAAGGCUUCAUGGUCGGGGUGCAAAUAAAUCCUGUAUCUGGCCUGCCAUCUGGAUUUCAGGAAUUGCUUCAAUUUGUUCUGAAACACAUUGAAGAUAAAAAUGUAGAAGCCCUUCUUGAGGGCCUGCUAGAGGCACGUGAGGAGCUCAGGCCUUUACUUUCUAAAUCACAUGAUCGUCUUAGGGAUCUUCUUUUUUUGGACAUUGCCCUUGAUUCUACUGUAAGAACAACCAUUGAAAGGGGAUAUGAAGAAUUGAACAAUGCUAAACCAGAGAAAAUCAUGUACUUCAUCACCCUUGCUCUUGAAAACCUUGCUCUUUCUUCGGAUGACAAUGAGGAUCUUAUCUAUUGCUUAAAGGGAUGGAAUCAAGGUCAGAACAUGUUAAAGAAUGGGGAUGGUCACUGGGCAUUGUAUGCAAAAUCUGUCCUUGACAGAACGAGACUUGCACUUGCAAGCAAGGCAGAGCAGUAUCAUCAUCUAUUGCAACCAUCUGCAGAAUAUCUUGGGUCACAGCUUGGAGUGGAUCAGCAGGCUGUGAAUAUAUUCACGGAAGAAAUUAUUCGUGCUGGAUCAGCUGCUUCCCUAUCCUCACUUCUUAACCGGCUUGAUCCCAUUCUUCGUGAAACUGCACAUUUGGGAAGUUGGCAGGUUAUAAGCCCAGUUGAAGCUGUUGGAUAUGUAGUUGUUGUGGAUGAAUUGCUUGCUGUCCAGAAUAAAUCUUAUGGGCAGCCAACAAUUUUGGUGGCAAAAACUGUGAAAGGAGAAGAGGAAAUUCCAGAUGGUACAGUUGCUGUGCUGACGCCUGACAUGCCAGAUGUUCUAUCUCAUGUCUCUGUGCGAGCAAGAAAUAGCAAGGUCUGUUUUGCUACUUGCUUUGAUUCCAAUAUAUUGGAUGACCUCCAAGCAAAUGAAGGGAAGUUGUUGCAUUUAAAACCUACAUCUGCAGAUAUAGUUUAUAGCAAAGUGGAAGGUGACAUCAGCAGGACAAGUUCAACUAACUUGAAAGAAGGAGGUUUUUUGCCUUCAGUAAAAUUGGUCAAGAAGCAGUUUGCGGGUAGAUAUGCCAUAUCAUCUGAGGAGUUCACAAGUGAAAUGGUUGGAGCUAAAUCACGUAAUAUUGCAUAUCUGAAAGGAAAAGUGCCAUCUUGGGUAGGGAUUCCUACAUCUGUUGCUCUACCAUUUGGGGUUUUCGAGAAAGUUCUGUCAGAUGCUUUAAAUCAGGGAGUGCAUCAGAAGUUGCAGUUCCUGAAGAAAAAGUUAGGAAAAGGAGAUUUCAGUGCCCUCAGGCAGAUCCGUGAGACAGUUUUAGAGCUUGCAGCACCAUCCCAGUUGGUUCAAGAACUGAAGAACAAGAUGCAGAGUUCUGGCAUGCCUUGGCCUGGUGACGAAGGUCAGCAGAGAUGGGAACAAGCUUGGAUGGCUAUAAAGAAGGUUUGGGCUUCAAAGUGGAAUGAGAGGGCAUACUUCAGCACAAGAAAAGUGAAACUAGAUCAUGACUAUCUUUGCAUGGCUGUCCUGGUUCAAGAAAUAAUAAAUGCUGAUUAUGCAUUUGUCAUCCACACGACUAAUCCAUCUUCAGGAGACUCGACAGAGAUUUAUGCAGAGGUGGUAAAGGGCCUUGGAGAGACAUUAGUUGGAGCUUAUCCUGGCCGUGCAUUGAGUUUUGUGUGCAAGAAGAAUGAUCUGAACAAUCCUCAGAUGUUGGGAUACCCUAGCAAACCUAUUGGCCUUUUUAUAAAACGAUCUAUCAUAUUUCGAUCUGAUUCGAAUGGAGAAGACCUAGAAGGCUAUGCUGGCGCUGGUUUGUAUGACAGUGUACCAAUGGAUGAAGAAGAAAGAGUGGUGGUUGAUUAUUCAUCAGAUCAAUUAAUCAUUGAUCAAAAAUUUCGCCAAACAAUCCUCUCCAGCAUUGCACGUGCCGGAAGCGCAAUCGAGGAACUCUAUGGAUCUCCGCAAGACAUUGAAGGUGUUGUCAGGGAUGGGAAAAUUUACGUCGUCCAAACAAGACCCCAGAUGUAAUCCUGAUCCUUUCUCUUCUGCUAUCUUGAAAUAGAAGAGUUGGUCAAUAACAGAACACAUAGUACCUUCAUAGGGAAAAAGUUAAAAGUUAAGCCAAAUAACUUUGUCCAAAUAGAUUUAAGAAAAAUAAAUUGGUAAGAGAGAAUGAUAGGAUGGCAUGGAAAUAAUGGAAUGGAAUGGUUACAUGAUGAUAAGUGAAGUGAACUGCAUGUGUGCAGGUGUUCUUUGAAGUUAGGUUGCCUUUAUAAAAGACAAUUGGAUCUCUCUAUGUACUACAGUUAAACUUUAAAAUGUCAGUUGGCCUGGCCAGGUCAGGUCAGGUCAGGUCAGUUAAAUUAUUUUUGUAUUCAUGAUAGUAUAGGCAUUGUAUCCUUCCUGUAUUGAUUGAGAGUUUCUUUUUA